UCAACAUGGCUUACUGUUCUAUCCUCCUUUUUCGUAUUACAACUUACUUCAGAAAUGCAAACAUUUUGUGGAGAUCUGAGUUUCCUUCGAUUCUUCAUUCUCCAUAAAAAGGGAGAAUUCAUGUACAAAAUGGCCCAGCUUCUACUGCCAGUUGUGUGACUCGGUUAUUGAAAUGCGAACAAAGCUCCAUUCUCGAUCAUCUUCCAAAUGUGGUGGCAAGCCAGGCCUAGAUUUUGACUUUCAUCCUAGGAUUUUCUCUGCCACUUCAUUUGUUAGGUUGGCAUUGGAAACGCUUUGGAAUCCUUUGUCCUGUUAUUUCACUCACUCCUUACCAAAAAUUGCAGCCAAGGAGCACAGUGGACUCAGCCCAGAGAGUAGGGACACAAGAACUCAAAGGCAGGAAGUCAGCGGGAGCCUGUUUCUUCACAGAAUCGUGUUCUCAUAUCUUCGCCCAAUUCAGAUAUUCAGAGAGAUUUUCCUCGUCAUCGUGAAGAACCAUCAGUCAAGAUUUGAGAGUGAGAUAUGUGGAGAUUCAGGCUCCUGAUAUUUUCUUAAGGCUGAGCUACUCUUUAGGGAAAAUUUCUCCAGCUCUGUAAUCAGAUAAUGAUGUUGAGUUUCAGGAUGAGUAAUCGGACAUUCCUUUCUCAUGACCACGUUCAUAUUGUCUUACAGGCGGAAGAGAUAAUAAUGGCCCCAUGUGGGAACCACAGUGAUGGGACUACAGAGUUUGUCCUGGCAGGUUUCCCAAAUCUUAACAGCACAGGAGUGGAACUGUUUUCUACGUUCUUUCUUAUUUACCUGUUGACUCUAACGGGAAAUGCGUUGAUUGUGGGGGUGGUAGGAGCUGAUCAUCGUCUGCAGACGCCCAUGUAUUUCUUCCUGGGUAACUUGUCCUGCCUAGAGAUUCUGAUCACUUCUGUCAUCAUUCCUAAGAUGCUUAGCAAUUUCCUCUCAAAACAACACACCAUUUCUUUUGCUGCAUGCAUUGCCCAGUUUUAUUUUUACUUCUUUCUCGGGGCCUCUGAGUUCCUCCUGUUGGCUGUCAUGUCUGUGGACCGCUACCUGGCCAUCUGCCGACCUCUGCACUACCCCUUGCUCAUGAGCGGAGCUGUGUGCUUUCGUGUGGCCUUAGCCUGCUGGGUAGGGGGACUCCUCUCCGUGCUUGGCCCCACAGUGACAGUGGCCUUACUUCCUUUCUGCAAACAGGGCGCUGUGGUACAGCAUUUCUUCUGUGACAGUGGCCCGUUGCUACACCUGGCAUGAACCAACACCACGAAGCUGGAGGAGACUGACUUUAUCCUCGCCUUUCUUGUCAUUGUGUCCUCACUCACUAUUACCGCUGCAUCCUAUGGCCAAAUCGUCCUGGCUGUCCUGCGUAUUCCUUCCGCAUCAGGCCGGCAGAAGGCCUUCUCCACCUGUACCUCCCACUUGAUGGUGGUAACCCUCUUCUAUGGGAGUGCCAUUUUUCUCUAUGUACGGCCGUCACAGAGUGGCUCCGUGGAUACUAAUUGGUCAGUGACAGUGGUAACAACAUUUGUGACUCCUCUGCUGAAUCCGUUUAUCUAUGCCUUGCGCAACGAUCGAGUCAAGGAAGCGUUGAAAGACAUGCUCAGAAAGGUAGUAGCAGAGCUUUCGGACAACGCUUUGCUUCCGGAAAGUCCGAGGAAGAAGACAGGAAGUUGAAAGUAGAGGGACUCCGUCUCAGAUUCACACAGCCUCGCUACCAGCUCUUCCUUCAUCUGGACCGUCUUGAAAGCACCCACAGUGAGCUUCAAAGAUACCAACUCUAAAAUUCCUUUUUCAAGUGAAAUGUAUUGACUCUGCCUUAUACCUAGUAAUAACAACUCACACUAUUUUUAAUGUCUUAUUUUUAUUUUAAUUGUGUGUCUCUGUUGGGGGA